AAAUGUUAUCCCAGGGAGAAAUAGACGGGAAUUUUAUUUAGCUUGGAAGGAAUACUCCCCUUCCUUGAUAUUUUGCAUCCUAAACAGAGAGAAAGUUUGGCUCAAUAACGUCACAAAUUGGCCAACCACAAUCCAGGAUGGCUUUGUUUGGGUUUAGUUAUCACGUGUAGUUGUCACGUGGACACAGUUGAUUUUCUUAGAAGGCGUAUGAUUGGUUGAAACAUAAUUGGAUCUGUCAAGACUAAUAAUUGCCAUGAUGAAAGCAACAAUAAGCUGUCAAUUAUUAUUUUUAGUCCCCUCCCUGGAGAGUUGGGCCGGUUAAACUUGGGAAUAUGGAGAAAACGAAGCCACGCGAAUUAGAGGAAAUUUGUAAAGCAAGUUGUUGAGUUGUGUUCGCGGAAAUUCCCCCCGCGCUGAACGCGCAUGGAAAACCGUUAAAAAGCCCAGAAUUGUUUUGGCUAAGUGCAGUCUGCCAGUUUGGUGAAACGAUCGACGGAAAGUUCGGUGCGUUGCCUUUGUUACCGAUUGACCUGAAGUUUUGGGGAUUUUUUGUGUGGUUGAGCUUAUUAUUCAAAAUCGAUUCGUCUCAAGCCUGCGUGCAUUCAUAGAAGGUCGUCGCGAUUUCUUCUUCGGACGGAGCUCUCAAUACUGGAACAUUUUGACGAAUGAAUCCGCACGCGGGAGAUAAGGAAUUGAGCGAUCUACUAGACUUCAGCGCGAUGUUUUCGCCGCCGGGAUCCAUGGUCGGCAGUAAAUCUAGUGGCUCUCUGACGGAAGCUGGGUUAUCGAGUUCCAUGCACGCAUCUCGAACAGGUUCUUUGGAUGAGACACCCACGUGGCAAGCCAGUUCAGUGUCGGCCUACGAAGCUCGGGGAUAUCACACAGAUAGUCACGGUGUAUACAGCACAAUCGACGAUGUUGAGGGCGACUUUAUUUCCCGCAAAGGAUCUGGCUUUGCCAAUUCGUAUCUCGGUUCAAAUUCUCUAGGAACUUUAGGUUACAGAGACUCGGGACUGUCAGGAAGCCAGGCUGGUCUUCCUCCACCACUGCAGACCUCUCAUGAUGUAUCUUUGUCAAGCCCAGACUGGAGAGGAAGGAAGUACAAGUCAAGCAAAACUAAUAGCUCUCUGUCGGUCUAUUCGCCUGGCGCUGAUGACAUGAUGCCUCAUCCUGGGGAUGCCCUAACUCAAUCCCAUUAUUCUCCAAAAGGAGGAAUCUAUGCAGACACUUACUACAUGGAUCAUGGCUCACCUGAUCCAUGGGGCCACAGUAGUCAGCUUGGCCCAGGAUCAUAUUCAAGUUCGGCAGGGUCAUAUAGCAACAGUUACGGCAUGCAUCCAAGAGACAGCAUGAGCGACGUUCGUGGUAUUCCUGUUUCAGCAUUAGCAAAGGGUCCAGCUAUUCACCAGUCUAGGGGAUACCAUCACCUGCCCCACGGUGAGCCAAUGGAUAGAAUUUCAUCAUUGCCACCUAUGACAUCCUUUAGGCAGUCUGGAAUGCACCAUGGGCAAUCAUCUCCCUACCUUCAUUCUUCUGUCUCACCUCCUCUCAAUGGAAGUGACCCAAUGGCCACUCACAGUUCAAGGGUCCCAACAUCUGGCUCACAGACUGGAGACACACUUGGCAAAGCCCUGGCAUCAAUUUACCCCACAGACAAUGGUGGCUCAUACUCUUCAAACCCAUCAACACCAGUUGCUUCUCCUCCUCCCUUAGCAAGUGUGAAUGAAAGGCCCUUGUCAGCUGGCUCUGGAGCUUCAGGACAUUCUGCAAGCUGGGGAAGAGCUAAUCAACCAACAUCACCUCCAUAUGAGAGCCACUUGCACUCUCUUCAAAGCAGAAUGGAGGAAAGGCUUGAUGAUGCUAUCCAUGUUCUACGUACCCAUGCUGAAGGUAGUCUCCCUCCUGGAAUGUCACCUGUUGUAGCUGGAAGCCUGCUGAGUGCAGCUGCUGCAGCUGCUGCUGCAGGUGUAAAUGGUGGUGUUCAGCCUGUAGGUUAUUCAUCAUCUGUGGGAAGUAGUGGACCUUCAGUCGUGCAACCCAUGGAUCAAAUGAGUGGUGGACAUAGUGGAAUGGAAGACGACCCUGGUAUGGCGUCCCCCAGUAACUUAUCAAGUAGAGGGGCAGGCUCACAGAUGUCUCCAAGUAACUCUGAGACCAGCGAGUCAAGAUAUGGCUCUAAAAUGGACACUGGGAGUGACGGUCCAAAAAGCAGCAAAGACUCGUCUUCAAAACAAGAUAUGAAGAGUAACGGGGAUCUAGGAGACGACAGGGUCAGUAGGGACUUAAUUGUAGAUGGUGAAGACGACGAUGAUAAAUUAACAGAUGAUGGUGGUGAUGAACCUGGCACUGGUAGAGUCAGAGUCGUGAGAGAACAAGAAAGAAGAUACGCCAAUAAUGCUAGGGAAAGGUUGAGAGUUCGAGACAUAAAUGGAGCCUUCAAAGAAUUGGGAAGAAUGUGUAUGAUGCAUUUACAGGGUGACAAAUCCAACUCUAAUUCUAAACAGACUAAGCUUGUCAUCCUUCACCAGGCAGUGUCGGUUAUCACAAGUUUAGAAUCACAAGUACGAGAACGAAACUUAAACCCAAAGGCAGCAUGUCUCAAAAGGCGCGAAGAAGAGAAGGUCGAAGAGGAGGCACCUGAGAAAAGAGCUGUGCCUGGAGUGGACAAACCUUUUGACACCACAGGCGCGGCGGCUGCUGGCCGCGGCAGAGGUAGACGAGGAAGAAGGUCGUCAAGAGGGGCCUUUAACGGAGGGGGUCGAGGCAUGCCUUGUGGACCACUUGACGGAUAUGAACCAACGGACCAUGGAGAGCCACCCUCCUUAAAUGCGUGACAAAAGUAACAAGGAACAAAGUUUUUAAUGGAAAAAAAGCUAUCAGAGUUUUAUGUAAUUUACAGAUAAAGUACUAAAUGCCGCAAAAUAAGUUUAGUGAAGAGGAAGAGAGAGAAAAAAGAAAUUCAAAGAAAGGACGAUCUCGUCCAUAUUGGCCACAUCUAUCACUCCUCUCUCAUGACGCGGCUCGAACAAGGCCAACACGAGGUUGAUAGCCUUCUGGGCGUGACUUCGCAACCAAGGUAACGCAACGGAGGAUUGAAUGACGGUCACGAAGAGAAGGCUGAACCUCCCUUGUCAAUAAACAGUUUACAUGUACACCCAAACCUGUUUAGCUGUACUUGGUAUCUACGAGACUACUUUGGGUGUCAAGUCGGGGUCGACUUUUUUCUCAUGGUGAUGUUUUAAAUCACCUGCACUUUAGGAGCCAACCUUGCUUUUUAUACCCAAAGGUUGAUUUGAUAUACACGCUGUUUUGUCAACCUGAAGUUCGUGCUGAGUCAUAAAAAAUUCUGCUAUAAAGUUGUAAAUAAAAGAAUCAUGUAUUGUCUGACUUUCAUCUUAGUUCGAUGUAAACUACUUUUAUUUGACGACGUUUAUAGGACAUGUCGAUUUUCCUGCUGUAGAACCGAUUCUGCGUCAAGUGUACAUUUCUAAGGUGCUUUCUGUGUUCAGGAUAACCUCACGGAUUUGUUCAGUAUCUUCUACUGAAGAAUUUCAGCUCCAUUUUCAUAGCGCUACGAGAUGUGUUUUUCUUGGUCUUGCUCGGUAGCAAAACUGUUGUAAGGCGUUUACUGAUAAUUAAUCCAUUAUACAUUUCACUAGACAACUUAACAUUUUAGAUGAUAUUUUUAUGAAUAACAGUUACUAUUUAGAAUAGCAAUAGCCGCAACUUAGAUCUUUUCAUUGUUGACUCCAUCACCCAGACACAGCCUAUUACAUUACAAUGACCUCUAUCAACCGCUCAUAGAUAUUCAACAGAGACUACCUCUCCUUAAAUCCGAGUACUUCUUGAAGUUAGCUAACAUUCAUCCUGAUCUUAACUCGUAAAUGUCGUGGCUCAAGAGCAAUCGAGUUCAGGCUCUACCCUAUUUAUCCAUAUUUUGUACACAAUGGUAUACGGUUCAUAGAUAAAGCGCUUCAUAGCUGUGUUUGGGUGAUACUAUCACACAAGAGCGCCUUUCAGACUACAUUGUUAAGGCAUUCUCCCAAAAUCGUAGCGAAUAGUCGUUGAUGUACAUAGAAAUAAAUACUGAUCAUUCAAAUAAAAGCUUAACUUACAUAG